CAUGAACACAGAGGGUGAGAAUCGGCCAUAAACAAGAAGAAGAAGAAGAAGUAAACGUAGUGGCUGUCGUUUUAAACAAUAGCGAUAUUGUUUACAAAGUAUGCGGUAGCGUAUGUGCCGUGUUGCCUUUUCCUGAGCACGAUGGCUACUCAGAGAGUGCUCCCUCAAAGCAAAGAGACUCUGCUGCAGAGCUACAACAAGAGACUGAAAGAUGAUAUCAGGUCCAUCCUGGACAACUUCACAGAGAUCGUCAAAACAGCAAAGAUAGAGGAUGAGACGCAGGUUUCUCGAGCAACUCAAGCAGAGCAGGAUCAUUAUGAAAUGCAUGUCAGAGCAGCCAACAUUGUACGUGCCGGCGAGUCCCUGAUGAAGCUGGUGUCUGAUCUGAAGCAGUUCCUGAUUCUGAAUGACUUUCCCUCCGUGAACGACGCCAUCAGCCUCCAGAACCAGCAGCUGCGCUCGCUGCAGGAGGAGUGUGACAAGAAGCUCACCUCGCUCCGUGAUGAGAUCGCCAUCGACCUGUAUGAGCUAGAGGAAGAAUAUUACUCCUCCAGGUACAAGUAGGCUCAUACAUGCCUCCCCCAUCCCACCGUCCCUCUGCUGUCCCAUGCCCAGCACCAUGUACUGCCUCACCUUUUACCAUUCACUGCUGAGCUCAAGGAAGGGUUUGUUAUAUCCAAAUGGUACCAUUCAUCAAUACAGAUCAUUGCUGAGGGUCACUGUGGUGGAGCUCAUCGCAGUAAGUGAGUUUACAUUGUUACUGAUUAGCAAAUGCCUUGAUUUUUUUCCCCCCCGCUCUAUGACGUGUGUCAUAAUUGGUCAAAGUGGUGAGGACUUCAGCAUUAAAGGGGUAUACACCUGAAAAUCAGCAGCGUAAAUUUAUCGAACUUUUGAACUACAACAGUUCAGCGUGUAUUUUUUGGCAUUCGUUGCAGUUUACUGAUGCAGUGUGACAGCCAAGAGGCUUUUCUGAACAGAAAGCACUGGUGUCGACUUACUGCAGGGUUUUUAUUUGUAAAUGGUAAUCAGACUUAUCGGUUUCCUGGUCUUCAGUUUCCAAUAGGCUUGAGAGAAGUUUUAACAAAUACGGUGUGGUACAUGGGAGAGAGGGAAAGCUUUAGUGGAAUGGAAGUAAUGAGGCCUCCAUGCUCAUUUAUAACUUAAUAUUUUUAGUUGAAGUAACACAAAGCUUUGUUGGGAACGGGACAAGAAUGACACAUUACUAGAACUAAAACUAUAUCAGAGAAUAGAUUUUAUGAAAGGAUCAUUGAUUUAAGAUUAUUUAUAUGUAAUAUUUAAAUCAUAAAUAUAGUGGUGACGCCCCUAUGUGCUACAUUUUAAGGAUGGACUGUGGAUGGAUGUUUGUUUUAGACUGUACAAUGAGACACGACUGUUUACUGUUAUUUAUCUGAGGUCAAAUCUGAAGCUACUAAGACUUUCUCAAGUAGGUGUUUUCUGCAAAAUCAAAUUAGGAUAAAAUAUUUUCUUGAUGCCGUCCUAAGACUAUAAGCUGUAACCAUGCAGGGGGUUGUCAGUCGCACAUGGUGUGGUUAUACAUAUGUACCAGUUUGUAUCAGCUGUUCCAACAGACCCAGAAUUAUUUUUAAAAAAUAAUAAUAAUAAAGUAGAGACAAAACAC